AGUGGACAAGAAGAAAAGCUACCGAAAAAGUAGCCACACACAACCUCUCACUUUUUUAUAUCUUCUCUUAUAUUAUAAAAUAAAAAUAAUAAUAAAAAAAAAUCAUUAAAAGGAAAAUACGGACGAAAAGAUGCGCACCGUAUCAAUAAAGAAAUGGUCUUUGGUGGGCAGAUUCCGAAAAAGGGCCCAAUUCGCUGACGGAGAGAAGAACAACACCCACACAACAUCUUUUCAUACAUAUAUAUAUAUAUAUAUAUAUAAUUGAUUCUCUGCAAAUUCUGCAAAUGGUGAAUCCAAAUUGUUGGUGAAUCACUGAAGAAAUCAAAUCCUUUUUUUUUUUCCGAGAAGAGAAGAUUGAUCGAUCGGUGGAUCGAUGGGGGUUCCGGCGGCCAAACCUGCGUUGAUUUUCACGUACGGCACUCUGAAGCAGGGUUUCUCCAACCACGCGCUGCUGCAGGACAUGAUGGCGACCGGCGACGCGACUUUUCUCGGCUGCUGCCGCACGCGCCGCACCCUGCCGCUGGUGUGCGGGCCAUACCGCGUGCCGUUCCUCCUGAAUCUCCCCGGCCGCGGCGACCGCGUCUCCGGCGAGAUCUACGCGGUGUCUGCGGCGGCGCUGGCGAGGAUGGACGAACUGGAGGGGGUGACGAGGGGCCACUACGAGAGGCUGCCGAUCGAGAUCGAGGAGAGGCCGGAGGAGGCCGUGGAGGCGUACUACGCCCACGGAAGCUACGCGGAGGCGCUGUGGCGGAGGAGCGGGGAGGAAGGGUACAGCUGCUACACGGAGAAAGUGGCGAAAGGAUACGUUAAGCGCAAGGAUAGACCACAGCAUAUUACAUUCCUGGAUCAAAUUCGUCUCUUCAUUUCUUCUGAUACUUCUUCUUCCCCCAAAUCGGCCGAACCAGCCCUGAUUUAGUUAAUUUUUUUUACUGCUAAUUCCCACACUUUUUGUACGUGUUUUACGUUCACAACUGUGUGUGUGGAUUUUUUAUUUUUUUUUUGUUGUCUUCGCGUUGGAUCAAUGGAUGUAUGGAAUUCGUCCUCUUCAUUCCUGGCUCAUAUUCAACUAGUUUUGUUAUAUAUGCCUUUUUCUUUUUUCCUUUUA